GUUUUAUAGAUCACCGUCCGAUGAAUUAUCUAACGGCAGAUAUUUGCAGGAGCAGGUGCACCCUCAGGGAUACGCGAAGUUGUGAACAGUGUGUCAGCUUUCCCAAUAUCAAAAAACGGCUAUCUCCUCCCUGAAUCCUGACUCCCACUAUCACUUCUCAUUUUCAGACUGUACUUUUCUUUCGUCUCUUAUUGCUCCGUUCCGUUCAUGGAGUUUCCGCCCUUCCUUUCCCUCUGCUGCAUUGUCUUCUUCUUCACACUCUUCUCCACCUCAUCCAGUGCUUUAGCUCCGCCGUCGGAUGUCGAGAUUCUUCUCCGGAAAAUCAAGCCUUCACUGCAAGGAAACGCGGAGAAUUUGCUGCUAUCGUCGUGGAACGCCGCCGUGCCUCUCUGUCAAUGGCGAGGGCUCAAAUGGGCGUUUAUCAAUGGCUCUUCUCUGCAAUGCGUUGAUCUCUCGUCUCCGCAAUGGACUAAUCUAUCUCUCUACACGGACCCCUCUCUCCGCCUCGCAUCUCUCCAGCUCCCUUCCGCUAAUCUCUCCGGAACCCUUCCGAGAGAGAUUGGGGAGCUCGCCGCGCUUCAGAGUCUCUAUCUGGGAGUGAAUGCGCUCUCUGGAACAAUACCUCUUGAGCUAGGCUAUAGCUCUUCGCUUUCAGAUGUUGAGUUGAGCGGCAAUAUGUUCACUGGUCCGAUUCCCGCGUCUAUCUGGAAUCUCUGUGAAAAGCUUGUUUCUCUUCGCCUUCAUGGUAAUUCUCUGUCUGGUUAUAUCCCUCAGCCUGCAUUACCGAAUGCUAGCUGUAAGAAUCUGGAGUUUUUGGAUUUAGGUCACAAUUCGUUUUCGGGGGAUUUUCCUGAAUUUGUGGCUAGGUUUAGUGGGCUAAAAGAGCUUGACCUAGGUGAUAACAAGCUCUCUGGCCCAAUUCCUGGUAGUUUAAGUGGAUUAAGCCUUGAGAAAUUGAAUCUGUCUUACAAUAACUUCAGUGGAGUUUUGCCAAAUUUUGGGGAACCAAAGUUUGGGGUGGAGGCAUUUGAGGGCAACAGUCCUGAGCUUUGUGGGCCUCCUUUGAGACCCUGCAAUGGAAACUCAGGACUGAGCCCUGGUGCCAUUGCUGGCAUCGUGAUUGGCUUGAUGGCUGGGGCAGUGGUUUUGGCCUCAUUGUUGAUUGGGUAUUUCCAGGGGAAGAAGAGGAGGAAUGACGACGAAGAAGACGAGGAGGAUUUUGAAGAACUAGAGGAUGAGGAAAAUGGUGGGGGUGGGGGUGAUGGUGGAGAGGGUAAGCUGAUUAUAUUUCAAGGAGGGGAGCAUUUGACAUUGGAGGAUGUCCUGAAUGCGACCGGGCAAGUCAUGGAAAAGACUAGCUAUGGAACCGUUUAUAAGGCGAAGCUAGCUGAUGGAGGAACCAUUGCAUUGAGGUUGUUGAGAGAAGGAAGCUGCAAAGACAGAAGUUCCAGUCUGCCAGUGAUCAAGCAGCUGGGGAAAAUCCGGCACGAGAAUCUGGUUCCAUUGAGGGCUUUCUAUCAGGGGAAGAGAGGGGAGAAGCUUCUCAUCUAUGACUAUCUUCCUAACAGAACCCUCUAUGAUCUUUUACAUGAAGCAAAAGUGGGGAAGCCGGUAUUGAACUGGGCAAGGAGGCACAAAAUUGCUUUGGGCAUAGCGAGAGGGCUAGUGCAUAUUCAUAGUUUAGAAAUGCCCAUCACCCACGGAAAUGUUAGGUCAAAAAAUGUUCUUGUAGAUGACUUUUUCGUAUCCAGGCUCACUGAAUUUGGGCUUGACAAGAUAAUGGUCGCAUCUAUAGCUGAAGAAACACUGUUGCUUGCAAAAGCUGAUGGUUACAAGGCACCUGAACUUCAAAAGAUGAAGAAUUGCAGUUCAAGGACAGAUGUGUAUGCCUUCGGGAUACUACUGUUGGAGAUUUUGUUGGGCAAAAAACCAGGAAAAACCGGAAGAAAUGGGGAAUUUGUUGAUUUGCCUUCACUGGUAAAGGUUGCGGUGCUGGAGGAAACAACAAUGGAAGUGUUUGAUGCGGAGCUGUUGAAGGGAAUACGGAGUCCAAUGGAGGAAGGUUUGGUGCAGGCGUUGAAGCUGGCAAUGGGUUGCUGUGCCCCCGUGGCUACUGUUAGACCUACGAUGGAAGAAGUCGUCAGGCAACUAGAGGAGAACAGACCUAGGAACCGGUCUGCUUUGUACAGCCCUACUGAGACUAGGAGCGGGAGUGGUACCCCUUUCUGACAUUCUUUCUUUCAUUAAACUUGAAUACUAUUUCAUUCUAAGCCUAUUUGAUCCUCCUAAAGGAGAGUUAAUUGAUUAUAGCCUUAUAGUAGCUUUUCUUUAGUAUUUAAACUUAAUUGGUCAUAGAAGCUUUUCUUUACCAUGUCAACUUCCUUUCUUAAGUAGUAUGGUGUGUUAUAUACAUUUUCCUUCCAUAGUAAGAACCAGUUUUGUACUGAUC